AUGAAGGGUAGGAAGAUUACGACAUUCAUUUACUCGAGAACACUUCUCAUCACAAUGCUGAAGCAUUUCACCAAGGGCAAAGAUUUGAUUAGACCGGCUGUGACUCGCUUUGCCACUGCUUAUCUGACUUUGGGAUGCCUCUUCGACAAUAGAAAUGCUCUAAGGACAAUGUUUGCAUCCAAGCAAUGGAAAGGGAGUCGAUUUGCGAAGUUAGAAGAUGGAAAGUAUGCUAAACGUGUUAUUAUGGAUACCAGAUUUUGGAGUAAUGUUAAUACAUGUUUAAAGGCUGCAUAUCCUCUCAUUAAGGUCCUCCGCAUGGUGGAUUCGGAUGAAAAGCCCGCGAUGGGCUUUAUUUAUAAUGAGAUGGAGAAAGCUAAGCAGAAGAUCAAAACAAACUUCAAGGAUGAUCGGAAGAGCUAUGAUCCUAUUUGGAAAGUUAUUGAUGAGAGAUGGGAGGUUCAACUUCAUAGGCCUCUACAUGCUGCUGCUUAUUACCUGAAUCUCCAGUUGCAUUUCUCUUCUGAAUUUAGAGCUGAUAGAGAUGUUAUGCGUGGAUUAUAUAAGGUUAUGGAUCGGAUGCUAGAUGAUGAAGAGAGGGAUAAGGUUGAUUUGCAGCUAGAGGAAUUCAAACAUGAAGAGGGACUCUUUGGAUUCUCAUCUGCAAAGUCUAUGAGGUUUAAGAAGACACCGGCAGAUUGGUGGGAAUCAUAUGGUGCCGAUACCCAGAGUUGCAAAGAUUUAGUACACACAAAGAGAAGAAAUCGGUUGCAUCAAAAGAAGAUGAAUGAUUUAGUACUUGUGAUGUACAAUUUGAAGUUGAAAGAUAAGAAGAUCAAGAAGCAAGUUGAUCUUCAAGUAGAGGACAUUUCUUCCGAUGAUGAAUGGAUUGUCGAAGAUGAGACAGAGAAUACCGCAACUUUAAGUCAUAAUUUUAACUUGCGUUCUCUUGGUCGUGGAGAUGAUGGUGAUGAAGAAAGUGAAGGUAUUCAAAUUGGCGAUGAACAUGCAAAGAAUAUGCGCACACAAGAGCAUGGCACGGUUGAUGACUUAGAACUUCCCGAAGAAGAUGAGUUUGAUAUUUUGUAUGAUGAUGAUGUUGGUGAUGAUGAAUAUUUGGAUGAGAUUUGA